CCGCCCUCAACAUUCACCAGAAAACGACCCUGACCACGAUACCACAACAAUAUCGCCCACGUUCCUUCGAUUCAACCUAAACCAUACCCGACUUCCAUCAAUGGACCCAUAAAAAAGUCUUCUUCCCGUUAUUCGGAGGACAUGGACGAUUACUCGGACGAUGGCUUCGACGACCUCAACCCGGACACUCUCCAGGAGCUCGAAGACUAUGCCAUCGUCCAGUUUACUCAAGCCCAGACUCAAGCCCAGACGCAAGCCCAGACCCAGGCACAGACCCGGGCACAGCCAAAAGCACAGGCAAAACCACAAACAGAGGCACAGCCCGAGGUCCACGGAUCUCAUGGAAGCACUCACGUACAGACCCAGGCCCAGGCUCGGUCUCGGUCUCGGGCUCGGGCUCAACCCCAGGGUCCCGGUUCCUACGAGGUUAUCGAAAUCGAGGACGACGAUCUCGACGAUUCCGAGCUGAUCAAUGCCUUGAUCCCUCCCGCGCCCGUCGGCCCAGGCAAAUCCAAACCUUCCCUUCCUCCUCCCCCUCCUCCGCCGCCUGCUGCCCCUCCUGCUCAUCCACAGAGAGAACAGUUGAGCAGGCCUCUUGACGAGCCGCGUGCCAUUCCCACGCGUCAUUCUCCUUCGCAGCAGCAGUGGAACGCGAACACACGCACCGCUCCUCCUCCUCCUCCUCCUCCUCCCUCCUCCUACUCUCGUCCUCCGGGCCCCAACCGCAUACUGCCACCAGCCUCCACACCCCACCGACCUCCUCAUCGCCCUCCACAAGGUCACUUUGCUCGGCCGCCUCCCGCCUCUACCGCCCAACCGGCCUCCCAAGCACCGCGCAUCCCCCCUUCCAGCGCCACCGCCGGCAACGACGUCGUCGCAGCCCUGCAACAGCGACUCAGGGCUCUCGAGUCGGAGCUCUACACCGCCAAGGGCGAAGUCUCCAUCAUACGCGCCAAUUCGACCAAGACGCAGCAAGAGCACACUGCCGAGUUGGAGAGACUGAAGAAGCAAAAUGCCGAACAACAAGCGAAGAACCAGAGGCUCGUCGAGCAGGCCCUUGCCGCCGAGAAGAACGCGACCACCGAGCUCCAAUUCUUACAGCGGGAUCUCCAAGAGGCAAGCACGCGGGCGAGGCAGAAGGAUGCAACGGCGGCCGUCCCCCAACAGACCGGGACUACCACCGCCCGUGCGGGUACAACUACGACGACGACGACAACGGGGACAACAACAACGCCGAGGAAGGCGAACAAAACAUGGGGCGUUGCGGACGGGUUCGACGACAUGGAUAUGGUUGUCAGUCCCACCAAGGGACGAGGCAAGCCGAGAGAUGCCGGUGCUGUGGCUGUCCCACCGGCUGAGCGGACGCCCUCCAAGGGUAAGCGAAAGCGCCCGGCUUUGGAGAGUCCCGUCAUGCCGUUGGAAACGCACGAGGCCGAUGUUCCCAUGAUGGAGGACGGCGAGGCAGCCGCACCAUCUUCCGUUUCGUACGCCGCUGCUCCCAUCCCUUUCCAUGCUCUCCCAUUCGACUUUCUUCCGCUCGUCUUGGACCACGCCUCUUUGCACGGAGAACCGCCGACCUUCGAGACACUCACGCGCUACGCCUACCCCUCUGACCCAACGACCUCUUUCGCCGCCAUCAUCCUCCAGCGACUGCCUCUCCUCGGCAACCCUCGGAAUCCCUACUCGCUCCUCAUCGACUUCACCGGACUUAUCGUCGACAUGUGGCACCAAUGUCUGGAGGAGAAACUGUACAGGCCCAUCUGGGACCUGGCAUCCCUCGCGGCCUUCACUCUGCAGUUGCAGACCGUUUCAGUGGCCCCGUACCUUAUUAACAAUAUCGUGCCCGCCCUUGAGAAGUCCAUUUAUAAAGUGGCAGAGAUUCGCUUCAACCGCUUCAAACUCAUCGGGAGCGCCGCAGCCAGCGAUCCCGUCCUAGCUGAGGUCGAACAGCAGAUCGACACCACUUUCCUCCUGUCGCUCCUCCGCCUGAUCGGCAUGGCGAGCGUCACAAGCGUAACGCAGAAGACGGACGAAGGCACCCCCCAAACCCGGCAGGCCGAGUUCUGGCGCAUGGUCCCGCUGGACCUGGUCCUCAUCUUCCUGACGCCGGGCCAGCACCUGGACGACGUCCUGGGCAUGAUGGACCUCCUCUGCACAUCCGUGCUGCCCACCUCCAUCGGCCCCGUCUCGGAGGAACGCGACGCGGAGAGCACGGCGCGCAUGGUCGUGGAGAAACUCACCUGCAACCUCGUCGAUCCGCCCCGCGAGGCCACCACCCCCGUACAGGUGCAUACGGUCGGGCUCGCGGCCCUGCGCGCGCUCGCGGCUUUCGCGCAGUCGCCUUUCGGCGCGCUGCAGAUCGCGCACCACGUCAACGCCAUCCCGCGGCUGGUCGCCAUGUUGGCUGGCCUCGUGGACGAGCUGUACGGCGUGUCUGAACCCACUACUACGGCCAUCAUUGCCGCGGCGGGAGACGACCCGGCGCAGGGCAAGAAGACGACGGUGCCCGACCUCAGGGACGAGUCGCGGGACCUGGGCGACGAUUGGGAGGGGAUACACAGGCUGAUCAAGCAGACGGUCCGCCUGCUGCACCGGCUCGUCACGGAUCCCGAAACCACGGACGCCGUCAACAUCCAAGCCAAGCUGGCCAUGGCGUAUGGUGGCUCGCAUCGCUACAUCUUGGCCCUGUCGCGGAUUCACUUCGCCGAAGAGGACCUGGUGUACGAAGCUGGCAUUGAUGAGGAGACGGCCGACUUGGCCCGCGAACUGUGCGAGUUUGUCGUCACGCCGGACGAGGGGGAGGGGGUCAGGGAGGCCUUUGCUGUGUGAUGAACAC